AGUCGGGUCCUCGUGUCAGUGCACAGUCUGUGUGUGGUACAAGCGCGCGGCGGAGGAACCGGGUAUACCCAACAGCGAGCGGGUGGUGAAUUUCACAACGGCCGACAUUUUUUUUUCCCCCAAAACAAGAAAUAACCGGGUUGUUUGCUACCCGUAAAAAAAAAAAAUAAAUAAUCUUUGGACUUACCGGAGGAUUCGUGUUCGCUACUGCUGGAUCUAACGGAGGCUUUUUUUUUUUUUUUUUGGGGGUUUGAAGUUGUCUGCGGCGAACAACUCGGGCUCAGUCGAGAGGGUUUCCAACGUCCGACCGGACGGAGGGAGAGACGCUCUCCGGGGUUUUUGUUUUAAAGGACUCUCAAGGGGCCCAAAAAAACAAGAAUAAUAAGAAGUGUAUGAGAAAUAGAAACGGCGACGGACAUUUUCCGCCCUUAUCACUCUGCGGUUGACGUACAAGUGAAGGAUAUUAAAGCUUUUUUGCUGUUUUUUUUUGUGUGUCUUGGAUACUAUUUUUCUUUUACCUGUGCAGAGAGGAGGAAUCAGUCCAGACGAAAGGUACAAAGGAAUAAAAACAAAAGGGGGCCGACGAGGUGAUAGAUCCAGUGGUCGGAGGGGUCUGAGUGUGCCGAGGAACAGGGGCUUUGUCCGCCGCCAUCCUGCGUGUACAGGGGAGGGGGUGGCGGUGAUUUACCGCACCUUCACCGGGAGAUUACCGAAAGAGAGGCAAAAAACGCACCGAAUUACCCCUCCUGGUGUAAAAAAAAAAGGACGCGACAUGUAUCCACAAGGCCGGCAUCCGGCACCUCACCAACCAGGGCAGCCUGGUUUCAAGUUCACUGUGGCGGAGUCCUGCGACAGGAUCAAAGACGAAUUUCAGUUCCUGCAGGCCCAGUACCACAGUCUCAAAGUGGAGUACGAUAAACUGGCCAAUGAGAAGACAGAGAUGCAGCGUCACUAUGUCAUGUACUACGAGAUGUCCUAUGGACUCAACAUUGAGAUGCACAAACAGACUGAGAUCGCCAAACGUCUCAAUGCAAUCCUGGCUCAGAUCAUGCCGUUCUUGUCACAAGAGCAUCAACAGCAGGUGGCUCAGGCUGUUGAGCGAGCCAAGCAGGUGACGAUGACUGAGCUGAAUGCUAUCAUCGGGGUACGUGGACUUCCCAAUCUGCCUCUGACUCAGCAGCCGCCGCCUCAUAGUGUCUACCCUGCUUUUAUGCAGCAGCAGCUUCAGGCUCAACACCUCUCUCACGCUGCCCACGGCCCCCCAGUCCAGCUGCCCCCACACCCUUCAGGCCUGCAGCCGCCCGGCAUCCCCCCUGUAACGGGCGCUGGCUCCGGCCUGCUGGCUCUGGGCGCUCUUGGCAGCCAGGCCCACCUGCCCGUAAAGGACGAGAAGAACCACCACGACCUGGAGCACAGAGGACCCUCAUCUUUUCACUCACCUCUGGCCAUUCCUCUGAAAGAACGCGAGUCGAGCACGAAUAACUCAGUGUCCCCAUCAGACAGCCUGCGGGCAUCGAGUGAGAAGCACCGCAGCUCUUCAGAUUACGGUCUCGACUCCAAGAAACGCAAAGUGGACGACAAAGACAGCAUGAGCAGAUAUGACAGUGACGGAGACAAAAGUGACGACUUGGUGGUGGAUGUUUCCAAUGAGGAUCCAGCCACCCCUCGAGUCAGCCCGGCUCACUCUCCUCCAGAAAACGGCCUGGAUAAAUCACGAGUCCUGAAGAAGGAUGCUGCCCCCAACAGCCCCGCCUCUGUCGCCUCCUCGGGCAGCACGCCGUCCUCCAAAGCAAAGGACCACGCCCAUAAUGACAAGUCGUCCACACCGAGCCUAAAGUCCAACACACCUACACCGAGAAACGAGGCCCCGACACCAGGAACCAGCACCACUCCAGGACUGCGGCCUCUUACAAUGGGCAAACCACCUGGCAUGGAGGCAUUAGCUGCCCCUGCCCUCCGUACACCUCUGUCCAUCGCGGGCUCCUAUGCCAGCCCGUUUGCUAUGAUGGGUCAUCAUGAGAUGAACGGAUCCCUGACCAGCCCGGCCGUCUAUCCGGGUCUCAUCUCACCACAGAUGAGUGCUGCAGCUGCCGCCGCCUAUGGACGCUCACCAAUUGCGGCGUUUGAGCAUUCUCACAUGAGAGCUCCGGGUCUGCCACCCAACCUCACGUCCAUUUCUGGAGGAAAACCAGCUUAUUCUUUUCACGUUAGUGCGGAUGGUCAGAUGCAGCCCGUGCCCUUCCCUCCAGAUGCACUGAUAGGCCCGGGCAUCCCACGCCACGCUCGCCAGAUCAACACGCUGAGCCACGGGGAAGUGGUGUGCGCUGUCACCAUCAGCAACCCCACACGUCACGUCUACACCGGUGGCAAGGGUUGUGUCAAGAUCUGGGACAUCAGCCAACCAGGCAGCAAGAGCCCAGUGUCCCAACUCGACUGUCUGAACAGGGACAAUUAUAUCCGCUCCUGCAAGCUGUUGCCUGACGGCCGCACCCUGAUAGUGGGUGGCGAGGCCAGCACGCUGACCAUCUGGGACCUGGCCUCACAGACGCCCCGCAUAAAGGCCGAGCUCACUUCCUCUGCUCCAGCCUGCUACGCACUGGCCAUAAGCCCCGAUGCCAAGGUCUGCUUCUCCUGCUGCUCAGAUGGAAACAUCGCUGUGUGGGACCUCCAUAACCAGACCCUCGUUAGGCAGUUCCAGGGCCACACAGAUGGAGCCAGCUGCAUCGACAUCUCCCACGACGGAACCAAACUGUGGACCGGGGGGCUCGACAACACCGUCCGCUCCUGGGAUUUGAGGGAGGGACGACAGCUCCAGCAACACGACUUUACCUCACAGAUCUUCUCGCUGGGCUACUGUCCCACUGGAGAAUGGCUGGCUGUGGGCAUGGAGAGCAGCAACGUGGAGGUACUUCACCACACCAAGCCUGACAAGUACCAGCUGCACCUGCACGAAAGCUGUGUCCUCUCACUCAAGUUCGCCUACUGUGGUAAAUGGUUUGUGAGCACAGGGAAGGACAAUCUGCUGAAUGCAUGGAGGACUCCUUACGGUGCCAGCAUAUUCCAGUCCAAGGAGUCGUCCUCUGUCCUGAGCUGUGACAUCUCGGCAGAUGACAAAUACAUUGUGACAGGAUCCGGUGACAAGAAGGCUACCGUCUAUGAGGUCAUCUACUAGAGAGAAAGGAGGGUCCUGCUCUGCUUCGGCAUUUCACGAGAAGACUUUUAUUCCCCCCCUCCCCCGACCAUCCGUCUGUGGACUACAACGGGCUGAGACAAACUACAGAUUUGGAAAACUCGAUGGAGCUGUUAGCCUGAGGAUGCUUGUGCUGGAAAGAAGUUCAUUCUUUGUCCCUUUUUGUUUUGGAGGUUUAUUUUUGGGUUACACAUUGUUUUUGUGACUUCUGAGGUUUUUUUUCUUUCGUUUUUUCUUGAGAAUACUUGGGUGUAACCCGAUGAAGCGGCGCUUCAUUUCUGAGAACCUUGUUCCCCCAGACGUCUUGUGAAAAGUGUACAUAUCGGAUUAAAUAAAAGACAUUUUAUAUAUAUUAUAAAAAUAUAUAUAUUUUCAUGUCCUGGGUGUACUUGUGAUGAUUUUUUUUUUUCGGCCCACUCUUGUCUUAUGCCAUGAUUUGAGUGGGAGAGCAGAACUUAGAUUAGAACUUUUUAACCUUUUGAUUUUCUUAAAGCACAUUCUCCAGGCUGCCCUUUUCAGAAAUCAAACAGAGGAGCAUGAAACUUGUAAGUAGGACGUUUUGUGGAGAUUUUAAAAUGGCCUUUUGUCACAGUGCUCUUACCGGACGAUGAAAACAUGGAGUCCACUGACUCAGGCAGUCUCUCGGCUGGUUUGGACCACUUUGGGACCGAGCAGGACGCUAUGAUUCAGGAAAAGAGAUGGAUGUAAAUUUAAUUCAUAUAUAUAAAAGACCUUUUUAAAGUGUACAUCUGUCUGUGCUAUCUGUCUCCCUGUUUGUUUUACCUUGUUAGAUUACAGGAGACAGAAAACGUUUAAUGUUUAGCCUAACCCUUGGACCUCAGUUGGCAGCAGAAGCACUGCAGCAAGCACAAACUGAGUGACAAUGUGCUUUUUUGCUAACUUUUGAUGUAAUAUGGAUGUUGAAUUGCACCAUUGAUUUCUUGGCUACAGACUAAAUUCAAACAGUCCAAUCAGCGCUGUUGUUGGAUUCCUUCUGCCCUUUGUAUCUUAUCAAUAAUCCUGGACUACGUUUGGUUGGCUGUGAUGGGGAGAAGCAGAGAGACUUGUAAAUGCUCACGAGGAAGGCAACAGAAAUACAUAAAGGAGUAACUCGAGUCUCUCUCAUGUUGACGUUAAGACUACGGUGAAUAAUUCUGGUUUGUAUACUGUGCUCCUGAUCCUGUCAGCAUUUCCCACGAGAAAAUUAAAGGGGCACUGGUCCCUCUGAAUCACACCAAAGUAUGUAGCAAAUGCUGUCAGCACUGAAAAGAAAUGUACAGUUGUUAAUAAAUCAAUAAAACAGUUUUUGUAGAAUG